CAAUCUAAUGUCUAACUCGGAUGAUGAAGAUGCUGAUCCUGUAGUGGAUGAACAACUCGUAGUUGUACACUUCCGGGAGCUUGCACAUAGUCAUUUCGGGAAGGCUGUCGAUCCCGACACAGUGCGGUUAGUGGGAAUGGACAAGCCAGGGGACGGUAAAUUGAUAGUCCAAGCCAAUGGUGAGGAGGUCGCCCUUGAUGCGAUGGUGGCUGAGCCGCCGGGGAGCUUCCUUAUUAUGGAGAAGGAACCUGUGCAGCAAACUAAUACCGCGGAUAAUGCGGCUGAGAAAACACCAGAGGAACCGCAUGCGGGCUACAAAGUUUAUGGUACGACACGUGGGAUGAUUGAUGUUUCGGUGCCUCGAAUAUCCGCACCGGUAACACACAACACUUCGGACCCCUUGGCAUCAACAACAAGAGCACCUAGAGGUGGCUUAAAGGCAGCAAAGGAGGGGGACCGGUCGUCCACCAUAGGAGGGCCUCUGUAGACGUUUAUUU